AAAGUAAAAUCAAACGAGGUGCUCUGUAUUAACCAAAUCAUUUUAUCUGUCUAUCUAUCUUAUAUCUAAUUCAUCAGGAUUUCGUUCAUUUAUCAUAUUUAAUUUUCUGCGGGAGUGUUUUAGCCCCUCCUUGAGUGUUGUUUCUACUGGAAUUUAUCGGCGGAGAGGAGUAACUUUGUAGAGAGCAGUGGUGUCGGUGUUUGAUCUUGCAUAAUUGUUUUUCCCUUGUUCAGCAAUGGCAAAUGAAUCCAAGAAGGAAGCUUUCAGGAAAUAUUUGGAGUCAAGUGGCGUGCUUGAUACCCUCACUAAAGUUCUUGUUGCUUUGUAUGAGGAGAAUCAGAAACCCUCAGUGGCAAUUGAAUUCAUUCAACGCAGCUUGGGUGGGCCCACCACAGCAGAAUAUGAAAAGCUGCAAGCUGAGAAAGAAGAGCUGCAAUUGAAAUAUGAAGAAUUACUUUUAACACAUGAAGAGACUUGUGCACAGCAGCUGGAGGAAUUGCGUGAUGCAUCAGCCCAGCAAGCAAAUGAUGAACCGGGUGUUAAUGUCUAAGUACCAAGAUUAGCCUCUUGUAAGAUUACAGUACUCUUUGGUCCAUGCAAUGUACGUUAAGAACCCGUUUCAGAAGAUAAUAAUCUGCCUCUUUAUAAUGUUUUGGCAUCAUGUUUGUUGUCAUGCUGAUAAAAGUAUGCCAUGUUUUCUCCAUGCAAUAUGACAAUUGCACGAUGUACUGUUUCCUCGCAAGCACCAAAGGUUGUUGCUAGAUUGAAAAUGCUGAUAGUUUUAUGAAGUGAAGAGCUUUGCUGACAAUUAAGAUAGUUUUCAUUUGCAAAUCUAAGAUAGAUGGCUUUCAUGUAUAUUUUGUAAGAAAGCCCUUGGUCAAGCAAGUUACUUUUAACUUAAUCAUCAUAUAGUAAAUUUCACAAUCAAUUCUUGGAGUGCACUUCUUCAAAUUUAACAUGGUGUGCAUUGACUUUAAUGUGACCAGAAACAUGAAAGGUUGAAUCUGUGCUGGUACUUCAACAGUAAUUAAACUGGCAAGUUAUAAAUGAAGAUAUUAAUCAGAUUAUUAUGCUGAAAUAUGAUAAUGAUGUUGUUUGUCUGCAAAAUGAAAAUUCUCAAACUCGAAAUAUAAUAACUUUCUACUUUUUC